UCUCCCUCAGUAUCUGCCUGACUUCAGCAAGGAGCACACCACCAUACAGUCUGUUUUGGAUUACACAUUCACCAUCACACAGGGAAUACAAUCCAGGCCGUCUACAGAGGAGGUUACAGCCCCGACAACAGUAGAGCAACAUGGGGAGCAGCAUGUCAUGUGUUCCUCAACACAACUUCAGGUUCUCCAGCAAGAGUUUCAUACGCAGGAACAGCAGCCGCUUGUUCCGUAAAAACUAUCCCCAGGAAGGACAGGAGAAGUCCAACAGCAUCAUCAAUAUCCUCUGCACUGUCACCCCGAGGAAGGAAAUGACCCAUAAAGACCUGCAGACGAUCGAGAACGUUAAGUGGGACCCUCCGUUCCCUUAUGACCCGGUCCACGGCUGGAAGAAGAGCAGCAUCAAUGUCAAGAACUACGGCAGAAUGGUCCACCAUUCUAAAGUCCGUUUCCGCUUUCUCCACUGCCAGGAUGUGCAUGACUGCUACCUGGACCUUUUCCAGACACACCUUCAUUUCGUCUCCAACAACACCACUGGACUCACCUACCAGGGGACUCUUCCUCUGAAAGAGCUCACCAUCUGCAACCUGCAGCAAAACGGUAACUACAGCCAACCCCAGGAAUUUGCAUUACAGAUCAAUGGUGUCAGCCUGAACCCCAUCAUUGUCUACUGUUCCAACCAGGAGGAGAUGGACCUGUGGUUUGGCCUGCUCAAAGAACACAUCGAGAUCAACGGGGGCACCCCCAUUGCACCUCUCGAGACCUACACCAGGGUUAAGCAGAAAGUAGAAGAGAUCACGGAGGGGAGAGAGGAGCUGAGGAACUCUAUCAGUAAAGAGCCCAUCUAUGAGUGGGAGGGUUCUCAGCGUGAGAGUCUGGGGCCCAUCACCUAUGUGACCAAAGUCCACCUUCAGCACCUCCCAUGCCAGGAGCAUAGUGACAGACUCCUGGUGAUGUACCCCACCACUCUGAUCAUCCUAUCAGAAGAGUGCCACGGCCUGUUCUACAAGGGGAAACUUCCACUCAACAUGAUCACUGUGACCACACCCUGCCAGGACGUCAAGCCCAACACCUUCAUGAUCGAAGGCAAGCUGAUAAACCCUAUCGUGGUGUCCUGUCUUGAUAAGAGGGAGUUCUGCGACUGGAUCCAGUGCUUCAAAGCCUCUGAUGUCCCCGUGCUCAGUCCCCCGCCCCCCCGUUUAUGACAUCAUCUACACCCCCACGCCGAGAGAGGCUCCAGAGUUUGACAGGUGGAGUGUGAACAGCCAGAGCCAGGGUCGGAACAGCCAGGGUCGGAACAGCCAGGGUCGGAACAGCCAGGGUCGGAGUGAGUCUCUGAGGCUGAGCCAGUCCCACAGUGGACGUGGUUCAGGGUC